CGGGAGGUGCAAUUACACGCAGGAGCCUUAAUCAUGUCUGUUUCUACAUAAACAAACAUCAACCUGGGGAUGGACAAAGUUCCUCAGAUCACCACCCGAUAACAUUUAAUUACUUUUUUUUUUACACAUUAAUUAAGCGCUUAAUGAAGGUUCUUUAGCUGUAUCCGCAGGCAUGAUUCUGUAAACUUUUCCUGCUGUACACAUUGUCAAACUGUGGAUUUACAGAUAGCUAGUCGAGCUAGCUGGCUAAGAAAGAAAAUCAUACAGGUUUGGAACAACUUGGUCUUCCGGUGGAUUUCCUGAUAUCAGAUUCGGCAGCAUCCAUAUCCUGUAAAUGGGGAACAGUGCGCUCAAAGCUCAUUUGGAAACAUCUCAGAAGACUGGAGUCUUUCAGCUGACCGGAAAGGGCUUGACAGAGUUCCCGGAGGAGCUGCAGAAACUCACUGGAAACCUGCGGACAGUUGAUCUGUCCAACAAUAAAAUUGAGGUGCUUCCAGCAUUCAUAGGAGGUUUCCAGCAAAUCAAGAGUCUUACCAUAAGCAGCAAUAAACUGACCAGUCUACCAAAUGACAUCGGGAAACUCAAGAAGCUGGAGACUCUUAUUUUAAAUGGGAACCAUUUGAAGCAGCUUCCUUCAUCGGUUGGUCAGCUGAAGUCCUUGCGCACCUUGAGCCUGUCUGGGAAUCACUUCAAGGAGUUUCCUAGUGGACUCGGCACCCUCCGCCAGCUCGAUGUUCUGGACCUGUCCAAGAAUAAGAUCCAGGUGGUUCCUGCAGAAGUGGCUGAACUGCAAGCCAUUGAAAUCAACCUCAAUCAGAACCAGAUUUCAACAGUGUCUCCAGAGGUGUCCCGUGCUCCCAGACUGAAGGUCUUACGGCUGGAGGAGAACUGUCUGGAGCUCUCCUCUAUACCCCUCUCCAUCCUCACAGACUCCCAGGUGUCCCUGCUGUCCUUGGAGGGCAACCUGUUUGAAGUUAAAAAGAUGCGUGACCUAGAAGGAUAUGAUAAGUACAUGGAGCGUUUCACUGCAACAAAGAAGAAAUUUGCGUGAGCAGUCAGAGGCUUGCUGCACCUGUCCUCUGCAUUGGGCUUACCGUAGAGAGGUUUCAGCUGGGACUGCUCGUGUAAAUGGCAAGACGGGAAUGAAAAAAUGGUCAAGACUGCUUCACAACUUGGUAGAAUGACUGCUCAGAAACCCCAGCCCUGCUGUUCAUCAUGUUGAAGUACAGACCGCACUGUAUGGACCUUGCAUCACUCUUUCACUCACAAAGAUUUUAUAAACCGAAAUACAACGCAGACUCAGCUUUAUGAGGACAUUUACACUGGAGAAUGCUUUAUUGUAUAUUCAAGUACACUAAUGCCACAUCUGUUUAAAGAAGGUCUGCCCUUCAGAGAGAACAUAUUAUACGUCCUCUACCCUUGAAGUAUGUGCUAUUGCUUAGCAUCUAUUGAUUCAUUUAUUUUAAAGAGUUAGAACACACCUUUGUUCCCUUUUUCAUGUCUGUUAUUAUUUGAUUAGAACAUAAGUUUGGGCAUCAAUGAGGUUUUAUCUGUUUAACAGUAUUUUGAUUGAACUGUUAACCUCAAAACUUCCGUUAAAGAAUAUUUGCUGUGAUAUUCAUUAAGUAGCAUUUUUUUUUCUGACAACAAAGGCUGCACAUGAGUGUUUGUCGAGUACUGUCCAUGAAAUGAAUACCAGUGGAUAUUUAUAUUUGUAACACAAAAUUCAGUUUUAAUGCAGUACAUUUGCUUUUACACAUGUAUACACAUGCUGCAUGUUUUCUGACCAUAAAAGUGCAUAACUCAAAAAGCCUUUUAGUGAAGGACUAUGUAUUUUCAUGCCGUUUUUGAGAUCUAAAGCUAUUGUUCUUCAUAGUCAGGUCUAUGUAUCUGUCUGUUGCUUACACACUUGAAUGUUAUCUUUGGUGGUCUGUUUAAAGGGAUAGUUUAUCCAAAAAUUUAAUUUUGUUAUCAUUUUCCCACCUAAGUUGUUCCAAAUCUGUAUGAAUUUCUUUCUUCUGCUGCAAAGAAAGGCAGAUAUUUUGAAGAAUGUGGGUAACCAAAUAGUUUCUGGUCCCUAUUGACUUCCAUAGAUGACAGAAUUUUCAUUUUUGGGUGAACUAUCCCUUUAACCUAGCGUUUCUCUCUAUGCACAUUAAUGGAAAUGUGUUAACAACAAACAUCUGAAUUUUACAUUCAGAAUUAUAACAUAUUACCCAAAAGCAAUCACAAGUGGCUUUUACUCUAAUGCAGCAUUUAUAAAAUACAUUUUCCUGCUUCUCAAUGUUCUACAUCACUAAAUUAUUUUUAUGCUGCAACAUUUAGCCACAGGAUAAUUAUUGCAUUGUGUUAAAAUUACAGCAUCAUCAAGCUGAUUGUAUCUGAAUGUUCCCUUCAGGAUGACUAAAAUAAAUAUAUAAGUAAACCUA